GCAGGGGGGAGUGAGAUGGAGCGUAGCAGCGUAGGAAGAGGUUGGACAGGCGGACCGGGUGGGACGCGCACGGUCUAUGGCUGCACUUGCAUCCUCUUGUGCAACUUCGAAAAGCCAUGCGAGUGUAGCCGAGCGACCGAGACAGAGAGGGCAAUGGCACUAGCGCGUCCAUUCAAGCUGUCAGGCGUAUUUAUUAUUAAAAAUUUUUAAGGGGGGAAAAAAAAGGCGUGAUGAAUGACGUCACAGGCUCCUGUCUCCCAAUAUGACCAGAUGAUGCAGGGCUCGUGGACUCGGACUCAGGUUCUGGUGAAGGGGUCUUCAAUGGACCGGGAAAGGGAACUCUGAUGGCUCUCCAGGCCCCGGGCUGGAAGGAGACACCGAGGGAAACGUACAGCUGCAGCAGGUAUCUGGGAAGCGACGCGGCGUCCGCGCCCCGCGAAAAAGAAUCACCACGGUGCGGCUGUCGUGCUAUUCACCGGAGGGUACCAGCGGCAAGGGGAACAUGGCCGCGCAGUCGGACGGUAAAGCCGGGGUGGGUUUUGCCCAGCUUUAUGACGUCGAUGCCGACGAGCCGCUGGACUCGGCCGCGAUCCACAUCUGCCAGUGCUGCCGCACUUCGGCGUGCUACUGGGGGUGCCGAUCUGCCUGUCUCGGAUCGUUGCCCGGCGGGGGCCAACCCCCCGCCGGGGGCGUCGGUGUCCGGGAGACUCACUGCCCACCCCCGGAGCAGCUGUGGCUGGACUGCCUCUGGAUCAUACUGGCCCUCCUCGUCUUCUUCUGGGACGUUGGCACGGACCUGUGCCUCGCGCUGGACUACUACCAGAGGCGGGACUACCUGUGGUUUGGCCUCACGCUCUUCUUCGUGCUGGUGCCUUCUGUGCUGGUCCAGAUUUUGAGUUUCCGCUGGUUUGUGCAGGACUAUACUGGAGGAGGGCUCGGGGAGGUUGAGGGUUUGACAAAGCGGGGUGCGGUGGCUUUGGGGUGCCACUAUCCCGGCAAGGAUCGCCUGCAGCUGGCCACCAUCUGGCUGUGGCAGGCCACCAUACACAUCCUCCAGUUGGGGCAAGUGUGGAGGUACAUCAGGACACUUUACCUCGGCCUCAUGUCGCGUCGGCAGAAGGAGCAUCAGCGCCGCUGGUACUGGGCCAUGAUGUUCGAGUAUGCUGACGUCAACAUGCUUCGGCUGCUGGAGACUUUCCUGGAAUCGGCGCCUCAGCUGGUCCUGCAGCUGUGUAUCAUGAUCCAGGAGAACCGGGCUGAGACGCUGCAGUGCAUCUCCUCCCUCGCCUCCCUCCUGUCUCUCGCCUGGGUCUUGGCCUCCUACCACAAACUGUUGCGGGACUCGCGUGACGACCAGCGCAGCAUGAGCUACCGUGGGGCUCUGCUGCACCUCUUCUGGCGCCUCUUUACCAUCUCGUCGCGUGUCCUCUCACUUGCCCUCUUUGCCUCGCUCUUUCAUAUCUACUUUGGCAUCUUUGUGGUGGUCCACUGGUCCGCCAUGGCCUUCUGGGUGGUGCACGGCGGCACCGAUUUCUGCAUGUCCAAGUGGGAGGAGGUGCUUUUCAACAUGGUGGUGGGCAUCGUCUACAUCUUCUGCUGGUUUAACGUGAAGGGAGGCCAGACGCGGCACAGAAUGAUUACCUACUACACGGUAGUGUUGGCAGAGAACACCAUCCUCACUGGCCUGUGGUACGCCUACAGGGACCCCGUGCUGACCGACUCAUACGCCAUCCAGGCAUUGUGCAGCGUCUACCUGACAUUUGCUGGUGGUGUCCUGGUUAUGCUGUUUUACUACGGCUUCCUGCACCCUGCCACUGGUCACCUCCAGCCAAAUCCUGCCUCCUCCUGCUGCGCCGAGCUGCUUUGGGGUCUUCCCCUUCCCCCUUCUGCGCCACCUACCGCCCCACCUACCCCGGCGCAUAUGACCAAGUCCCAGACAGAAGAGGAUGUGGCUGAGACGUGUCUUCCCGUCUUCCAGGUGCGGUCAGUGCCCCCCACUUCCAAGCCUGAGGGCCCGCUUAUAAAGAUCGACAUGCCCAGGAAGCGCUACCCGGCGUGGGACGCCCACUACGUUGACAGGCGCCUGCGAAGGACUAUAAACAUCUUGCAGUACAUCACACCGGCCGCAGUGGGCAUCCGAUACCGGGAUGGACCACUGCUGUACGAACUUCUACAGUAUGAGUCUUCACUUUGACGCGCACACACGUUUCUGUUCAUGAGUAGACGCAUUCAGAGAGGAAUAAGAAACACACAGGUCACACUUGGAAUAAGCACAGAGACACGAAAGCAAUCUGACACAUUUUAAUGCACACACCCACAUAAAAAACACACACACAUUCCUUGCGAGCACCUUCAACUUGCGAGUCCUUUGGCUAUGACUCAACAAGCUGCCUCAGUGGGAGUCCAUAAAAAAAACUCCCUUCUUGCAUAUUUCAUCCGACAUUGACUUGCUUCUUGCUGUUUACAUGUUGUCACACACAGUCACAGGUACCAUGACAAAGAUGAGACGUUCUGUAAAUUGAUGAAGAACUGGAUUGUUGGAGGGAUUAAGGUCCUCUGUAC